AUAAUUCUGGGAAACUCCUUAAUGCAGAAUGAGACCAAACCUUUCUUGGAAUUUAGUGCAAUACAACAUAAAGAUUCAGACAGUGUUCUCUCAGCUUUAAUGAAAGAUGGACAUAGUCAAACGGCACAAUCAAAUUUAGCCCUUGAAAGAGUCAGGCAAACUGCAAAAUCCUUUAUAAUGCAGGGAAGUCUAGAUACAAAAUGUACUGUGACCAAAGGAAAAGACAGUUGUGAUCUAUUGGCCAGUUCAGUAAGAAAUAUUGCUGUCCAGAAACCAAAGAACCAUAGAGAUCUGUUGAGGAACGAUGGAGGAUAUAUUUCAGCAGAAGCUCUGUUACAGGCUGCAGCCAACCCAGAGGAUUCUGAAGGCAAGAUCAGUGAACUCAGGACAACUGAUGAUGAACGUUUCAAUGAGGAGGAGACUGUUUGUUCUGAAAAACUCCAGAUGAUAAACAGAGGUUUCAUUUCACAGCAACAAAGUGUUGUGAGUAAUGUUGUGUCAAACAAAAAGGAAGAAUUUUUAUUAAGAAACAAAGGUAAUGACAAAGAGGCGACCAAGAUUUCAUGCAAUCCUGAUGUUGAAGACUGCUUGCACUGUACAGGCAACCCAUGUAAUGGUGACUCACAGGAUCAGCAGUGUGAGAAUAUACUUUCAGAAGAAACCACUGGAUUAACUUCACCUACAUGUGAGCAAAGUGUUCCCAAUUUUAAUACAGAAGAACCGCAAACAAAUGUUGGGAGCAGGCUUUGUGACAGAUUUAAUCUAGAUUGCAAUAUUCUGACAAAGUUGAAUAGUGCCUAUUGUACACUUCCAAAGAAACACAACAUUCCUGCUGAGUCUCUUUCAAGGGAUCACCUGCAUCAGCCUUUUAUCCAAGAACCUGAAAAUAUUAACAUGCUAAUUAAAGAAGAAUCAGAAAUAUCACAUGGUCCCAACACGGAGAGAGUCCCUAUAAAUGAAAGCAUGACGUACCAACUGGAAUCGAUCAAUACUCAGCGAAAUAGGAGCGGAUCAAAAGCUGAAGUUAACCAAUCUGUGCAUGACCAUAAAAAAAGAGAUGUCAACCAGAAUGAUGUGGCCACUGACUUACAAACAGUCCAGUUUAUUAAAGAAAGCAACGUAAGAGAAAAAAGAUAUAGAAGUGUUUCUGCCACAAAUUUCUUAGAUUAUGAAGAAAUUGGAAUCGACAACGUCAAUGAAGCAAAACUGAACAAAGAUAACAUGGUGAAUGGUGCAGUUCAAAGCAAUCUAUGUUACUUUGGUGUCAGCCUUCCAUCAGAUUUGACUGAAGACUCAGUAAUGAUGACAGAUGCUGGAUUUCUGGGCGAACCUAGAGAUUGUGAAGUCCCUGUUGAAAAGCAGGUUUAUUCAGUAGGAACUUUCAUAGAUGUUCAGACAAUUGCCUGUGGAGGAGGAGAAGGGCUCUUUGGGGAUGCUGAUGAUGGUCAGACCAGAGUUAUUUGUACAGAGCCCAUUCAGAGGGAUGGAGUGGCAUCUGACUGUCAAGAACAAGGCAACUCCAAGGGUAACAGUCCAGUGAAUGGUGCAGCAGAGAGAUUUGGCAGCAAUUCUGGAACAACUGACCAUUACUUUCAAAAGACAUCUCUGAUAACGAGAAGGUCCAGUGUGGCAAAAAUAAAUGGUAGUGCCAGAACGACCAGUGUGGACUUAAUAAAUGACUCCAAAGCCUGUGAACAUUUCAGAUUACAUAAAAACAGAGGUGAAUGUAUAGCUAAAAUUGGAAAAGAACCUAAUGAAGUAUUGUUCUUUUGUAGUGAGGAUCUUGAACAAUUGAAUGAGAGUGACAGUGAUGAAGUAAGAGCAUCGCAAAAGGCAACAGAAAUAAAAGAAGACAGGCCAUCUGGGAGCUUCAACUCUUCAAAAUAUAGCUCAGAACAAACCUGUGUGACCCAAUGUGUUACAGAAAAUGAAGAUGUAUUAGGUCAAACAUCAAAGGAGAGAUCUCAGUUGUGUGAUUGGUCUUGCAGAGUUACAGAAGCUUGUAACUCAAUGGCCACAUCAAGUCUAGCUUUUCAUAGUGAGAUCAAUGCUUCUUAUGAUGCUGGUCAUACAAGAAAAGCAGUAAGACCAGCUCAGCAAGAGAAUGCUAUGGCAGCUCAGAAUAUUGGGAUAGAAAGCAAGAGCUAUAUUGAAACAUCCUCAAACCAAAUAGAAUCAAAGUAUGAUUGUGAACUUCAAAUGAAAACUGAUCUACUAAUGCAUCCAGCUAAGGGGAAUGAAAUGUUGACUGAUAAUGUUCAAGAUGUGAGCAGAAUAAUUCUUGAAUCUAAUGAAGAAGGAGAUGCCAUGGACUUGAUUCAAGAGAAGAAUGUAGUUGUUGAAUUUGAAGACAGGGCUAAUGGUGGGAAUGCAGCGGGCAUAAGUUAUGGAGCAGUCACUGUGGGUAAUCAGUUGCCCUUCACAGUGGUUGACUGCACUCUAGGUAAAUGUGAGAACAAUGAACCCUCAAGUAUGUCUAAACCUGAAACUGCAGAGAGAAUGCCUAAAAACAGCGAACCUGUCAAAAGUUUAACAGAAAGUAAAAUCUCUAUGGAAACCAAAACUACAGCUGAACAAAAUGGAAGUGCUUUGUUUAUUCACAAUGACAAUCAAGAAACCAAACCAUCUGCCUGCCAGCUUGUGGACAGAUCAAUACCAUACUCGCGAACUGAUAACAGUUCCCAGCAACACUGUCUGCACCCAUUGUCACCUCCAACAUUUGCUAAAAAUGAUAACCCGAUGGGCUCAAAUUCAAAAGAAUCUGCAACCAGAAAUGAGCAGCAUAUUAUAUGUGAAGAAAAUGUGUUAAGCUUCAGCAGAAACAAAACUGAACAUCUAGUCUCCACCAAAACGUCUCUUGUAACUAAUAGAACUUGCUCUUCCAAUGAUCAAAGCUUUCGAUUUGCUACAUGUAUGGCACAUGGAACUGAAAUUAGACAAACCCUCCCAGGCAAAUAUUCCCAAGAUAUGCCACAGGACGUUGUCAUUACUUCGGCAAUGGGGGAAGUUGAUUGUGAAAUAAAGGAGCAGGACUCUGCAGAUAUUUUCAGAAGUAUAAAGUCAGCAGCAAGUUGCAUGAAUAGCUUUAACAAAGAAGAACAAAGUCUCUCUCAAGAGAAAGCACUGCCUGUAAUUGAAAACUCAGACUGUGAGACACUUCAAGAGAUUGAUUUGUUUGAAAUGGUUUCUGAAGGGAGUGAGGUCUGUUCGGCAGCGUCACUGUGUGAUAUUGAUGGGCAUUCAUUCACCAGUCAGCAAUUGCAGACAACUCCAGAAUGUGUGCAAGCAGAAUUAGGGAAGCAUGCAGCUGUGCAUUUCAAAGCAUUGCCAAUGCCACCAGAGAACAACUGUGUGGUUGAUUCUGUAGAACUUAGUUUGACCUCGAGUAAGGCUGGUUCUACAGCUGAUGAGAAUUUACAUUUGAGGAGACUGGACAGUGAAUUGUUUUGUAAGCAUAUUACACAGCAGCAGUUAGCUAAAAGUAUAGCCAUGACUGACAGAGCCACCUGUUCGAAGGCCACUCCUUUACAGCAGAACAGUGGACAAGGUAAAUUAUAUGAAGAGCCGAUCUCCACUCCAAAGCCGAUAGGAACCAUCCCAGACACAGACAUCCCACAACCAAGGGGGAACUCUGUUGUACAGCAAGAUAUGAGCGAGGUUGUGGAGUCCGCUCAGUCCUGUUUCAUCGGUAAAGACAAUUUUGAGGAAAUCAGUGGAGAAAACGCUGGUGCAAGUGGAUGUCAAACUGACAGCACUUUCUCCAGGAAGGAUGAAUGUUCAGGAGCAGGGACCAUAUUGCCAAGUCAGGGUAUAGUGUUAAAGGAGGUGAUAGGUAGACAUGUAAUGUGGUACCAACUUGAUGCACCGGCUAUUUCUAAUGUGAGUGAUUUCCAGAUUGAUGAGCAAGCAGACCAUUCAGACCAGGCCAGGUUUGUACUGCACCAUUUGGUGAAGGCUGGUGCUGAGGCUGUCAACCAUCGGAAGCAGGAAACUUGUGAGAGUGUAGUUUAUUCUGGUCUAAUUGUGCCAAGCUCGGGCAUUGUAGAUGCCAAGGACUCCUUUCAAAAGCAGGAUGCUUUUAAAGUCCAUCAACUUUUACACAAUCCAAACACACGCAGUACAGCUUUGUCAGGCUUUCAUGUCGAAAGCCAAAGUGAAGCUAUUAAAAUUUCUCAGCUCGAGUCACGUGAAAGUCAGGUUGGAUGUGGGAAACUGGAAGUAUCGCUGAAAGGUUCACUUGAGAAUCAGCAUGAGGAAGCAAAUACAAAGAGGUGCACAUCAUCCAUAUCUGUCUUGGUGAAACCAGAAGAAAAGAAGGUCUCAAAUGAACAGAGGUUGUGUCUUCACAAGCAAAAACCAAUUGAAAUUCAGACACAAGCCGGUGAUGGAAAGCCCAUCAUGCCUCCAACAACUGGGCUAAAUUCCCUGGAAAGUGCAUUGGAUUCUGAGCUGUUAACAAAGCCCCCUGCAUCAGAAAUGGACCAAAACUAUUCUCAUUCAAAAAGGCGUCAGCAUUCUAUCCAAGAGCAAUCUUCGAGCACUCCCAGCUUGACAGAUCCUUCUCUCUUAGCGACAGGAGUUAAGUGCCAGGAUGACCAUUUCUCAAAUACUGACCAGUUACACACAUUCACACCACAGAGCUUCACUGAAUCAUUUAGGCACCAGAAACCUAUCACCUUGGAUUGCAGAAAGCAAGGGGAGGAUUCUUCAGUGAGCUUGACUGAUGGGGAUCUUACUUCAGAGCUAACUGAGGAUUCAUUAAAUUUGCUUGUAGCAAUAUCAGAACAACCUUCAAAGCUGGUAGAAAAAUCUGCUGCAUCUUAUAGUAAGACAGCUGAAACAGCUGGGUGUCCUCAGAACGGCAAAGACAAAAAUAUACCUGACUCGGCCAAUAAGAAGUCAGUGCAGAAGGAGGUAAAUGGUAGUGAAAGGUAUGAAGAAGCACACUUACAGCUGCAAGGUAUACGGAGUGCUUCUAAGCAAGAACAGCUUUGCAGUGGAGGUGCCAAUAAAAAUCAUGAAGUCUCCACCCAUGUAAAACAGGAGAAAAAGUCCCACUCUGCCACCAAAGUUGACUUCAUACCUCAACACCCACCAGAGUGCAGUAACAAACCCAGUGUUCAAACCAGGAUUCAGAGAGUGGUUGAGCCUGCUACAUCAGAAUGUAAAUCAGAAGUGCACCGCAGUGACAGCCACACAAACUUCUGCACAUCUGUCUAUCAGAAACAGCAAUUAACAGAAUUACAGCAGACUCAGAAUCAGUUAACCCCUGAACAUAAACUUAGUUUUGAGGCCAAACUGCAAACAAAAGAUCUGAAUGGUGCUGGUGUAACUCCUGACGUUGCUGAAACAUACGACAAACAUUUCUUUCAAGAAAGUAUUGAUCUGUCAGUCCGAUGUAAACAAAUUGGAAAAUCAGGUCCUCAGUCGCAUGCAAGCAACAAAUGUACAGAAAUGAAUCGAAUAUGCCACGCCACAGAUCUCUUGACACUUUCAGAUGCUCCUCGCAGUAAUUGUUGUGUACAUUCUUCAGUAACUGAAGUCAGUGAUGGUUCAGGUGAGAGGUUCAGCACAACUACGACGAAUGUUCUAAAGAAGAAAUCACAAAGGAUGAGAUCUAAGCCAGUUAUAGAUGUAACAAAGGACUCUUCGAGUUCAGAUGAAGAAGUUGACAUUGAAUUCCUUUCACUUAAAGAGCUUCGAAGCAGACGGUGUCAGAGGGAUAAUAGCAAGUCGCAAUCAUGUAUUUGUAAAUGCAAAGGCUCAGUAAAUACAAAUGGUGCUAAACAUGAAGAGAUGAGGUCCCCACUGUUGAAACAGAAACAAUCUGCACCAGUUGUCCACAUCUCCUCAUCCAACAUGGAUCCACCAGUGCAGGAUUCCAGUGGGUACAGCCCCACUGCGGCCCUGAUCACAAACUCUUUUGAUGCUUUCAAUUCAAGUGAUGCUGCAGUAUCAACAUACAGAGAACAGGUUGUGUACCGAAUGGAAGCAGACACAGGAAAGGAUAUGGAUGAGAAUCUUUGUCAAAAACUAAAUCUUCGGUCUGACCUUGUAGGAGAGAGAGUUUCAUUAAAUACAGAUUCCAACAUGUCUGCAAUAGACCAUUCCGAGGUAGUUUCACCUUGUAAACAAGGAAAGAGAGAUCUGUUGAUCAAACAGCAAAGCAAUAAGCAUCAGAUCUCAGCAACAUCUUACGAGUCUCAUCCGGGAAUGUUUACAGAAGAGCAGCACCUUCCUGAAGAAAUGAGCUUCUGUAAAGAUCUGAUGCAUUUUGCUUCCAGUGAUAUUAAUCCAUAUGUCCACCAGUGGCAAUGUAAUGAACUGCACAGAGCCAACUGGAAACAGUGUGUCUUUGGAAGCACAAGCAAUGUGCGCAAUGUCCAAUCACAACUCAGUAGUCCUGAUAGUGUUAUGAGAUGUUCCAGUGUUGACAAUGGAUUGAAUGUUCAAACUUCUCCCUUUAGUUCACAUUUAAGUUGUUAUGUCAAUGAAAGAGCAAUAUCUGACACGCUAAGUAAUGUAAGUGACUUCCAAGAUGAGACUUCUGAAGCUGCAUCCUCUGACCCCAAUGACUUUGAUACCUUUCAAAGGUUGUGUGAUCAAUCAAUACCUGCUUCAUUCUUCUGCUCAUCACAGUUUCCACGCCCUAACUGUGAAGUUGAAGAUGCCGGAUCACAAGUUGAUGAAAUUGUACUCCUCUAUCCAACAGAGUCUUCUGUAAAGUCAGCCUCCGAUGGGUCUUUGGAAUUCACCUGCAACCAAGCAACACAAACACCAGGUGGAGUGACCCAGCAAAGGUCCAUACAACAGAGAAUGUGCACCCAAACUCUGCCACAGACACCCAAACCACAAAAUCCCUGGUCAAACCUUGAGAACUUGUCUGCCCAUCUUUCACAGCUUCUCCAUAGCACCACAGAGCUGCUGGGUAACAUUCAUCCAAACACAAACUACCUGAAUGAAAUUAUUUCACCAUCCAAUCGAAUGCCUGGUGCAUCAGGAAUAGCCAAAACUGCAGACUGCUGUACUCAGACAGCCAUGGAUGUAGCCAUUCAGACAGAAACCUUAUCUCUCAGUCCAGAGGAAGAUGGCCUGGAAAAUGCAAGAAAGGAAGUGCUGAGCUCUCCAGAGGUUAAUGUUAUUGUGAGAGUGAUUGGUUCAGAUGUUAACAUGUCUCAGGAACACGCUAAUGUGACAUUAACUCUGCAGGAGCAACAGCAGACCAGUGGUGUGUCAGAUCUCAAUACUCGACAUCACCAAUCACAAUGUUCUUCUCUUUCCACAGAAGGUGGAAAGUCAUCUGUCAGGACCUCAACCCCUGUCUCACUUGACACCCAGAAGUUAGUAUCAAACUCUUCACAAGUUUGUUCAAUCAGUCCAGGUGAUUCACCAGUUGCAACAGCAUCACAGGAGUCAGUGCUCAGUGAUUUUACACAAUGUAUAAAAAGCGUCAGCUCUUUGGAAAGUGCGUCAGAAUUUCCAAAGUUGGAAAUUUAUAGUCCCAGUGUCUUGGAGGAUAGACAAAAGAAGAGUUUUUCACAAGGUUUCCAAGCCAGACAGAAAGCUGCUUUUGCUGAUAUAAAGCCAGCUGAUCUAGUGGACCGAGCCUCAUCCCCUAUUCAGACACUUGAAGCUGGGUCUGCAAGCUGGAGGUCCUGCAGCAAGUCAUUUCAGUACACCGAAGGUGGCGAGCCACAUGGACUGUGGCAUUCUGACUAUUGGAAAAGAAAGCCUAGGUCUGCUUCUUGGUAUGGUUUAAAUGAAAAACAGCAACACGAAAUUAACUUCAGACAAAUGGAAUCAGAAAGUGAACAGAGGGUAGAAACAAACAGUGUGUCUUUGGUUCUAUUUCAUGAGCAAAAUAAAUUCGCCUUCAAUGAUUUGUCAAGCUCUACUCAGUGGGAGAGUACAGCUGAUUCCCAUGAUGGAGUUCAGUCCAGUUCACUCAGUUCAUCUCAGAGCUCGGAAUCAACAAGGGCUUGCAAUGCAGGUCCCAGUCGGCAGUGGGAAAAAAACGCAAUGACAGUAGGUCACAGUGGACAAGUGCCACUUUGUAACUCAACACAGUCAAAGGAAAGUGACUCACAACUGGUUCUUCAUAGUGUUCAGAUGCCGUCUACCUCAAACACUGAAGUAAGGAAACUGGAAAAUUCUUCUGCUUUUCUACCAGCAUACCGCAAUCCUGCACUGAGUUCUUGUACUCCCACUCUUAGUAAAAGUGAUGAUACCACAGUACUGUCGAGAAGGAUAUUUCAUAGAUCUUCCAGUACGCCUUCUGUGCAGCAGAUACCUUUUUCUGAAAAUGGUAUGGAUUUGCAGGAGCGAAAGAGCAGAACAUUACAGGAUCAAAGUCCAAGCCAAAAUGAUUCCAUGAAUGAUUGUAAUUCUGUGUCUGGGACAUCCAUUAUGAGUGAAAAGACAAUUGAAUUUACCACCGAAGAUGCCCAGUCCUUAGUUUCAAGUGAAUGCAACACAGAAAUGCUUCUGAAUGAGAAUCUCUCCACGUCUGACUGCAAUGGACUACCAGUGUUCAGUUCUAGGACAGCUGGCUGCAGAGGCCCAGAAGACUUACCCUUGCAUAACAAGUUCUGCAACUGGUCUGGAGUUCAUUAUAGAUCUCUGUCAACAAGUAGUGGUAUCAGCGAGGUCACUCGUUCUCGCAGACAGACCAAGCAAAAGCAAACCAAAGGCAGGAUGACAGAAGUGGCAGACUUCCAAUCUGAGCUUCAGGGUGUACGGCAGAAGGAGAUUGAAAGCUUGCGCCAGGAGCGUGCUGAGAUCAUGUCAGGAAUGUACCUGGAUUUCAACCAGCACCAACUGACAGUGGAGCUCACUGAAGCCAAGCUGAACUAUGGUCUGGGGGAAACGGAUGCUUUGUUAAGAGUACUUCAGUGUGGAUCAGCAGAUGACAUAAAUGUUUCCAUAAGGCAGAAGCUCUAUGACAGGCACAUGAAAACCAUAAAGGCUUUGAGAAAGGAGAGAAAUGAAAGACUACAGAAAUUCAGAAGGACCCGUAGCCUGAGCCCACAGAAAUAUUUAACCUCACGAUGCCAAAAGUGUCCAACCACCUCCCACGCAGAUCAAGACCAUCCGAGCGCACACAGGGAUUACCUGCAGCGAAUACGCCAAGAACUUGUGGAAAGCACACAAACUCAAGCAGCUGUGAAGGGUACAGAGGAGAGCACUUCUGAGAUUGAGCAUCUAUUGAGAGAUUAUCAGAAGGCACGUGAGGAAGCGAAAAUGGAAAUAGCAAAGGCCACAGAUAAACUCCGUGCAAGGACUGAGAUGGAGAAAUGUCGAUUGCAGCAACAGAUGAUCACGCAGAUAUUGAAGGAGAAAGGAAGGGUGAAGAACGUAGUUAGCAGAAGCAGUUUGUGCAGCGGAUCGAGUCUUAGUCUCUUUUCCAACCCCACAUCAGGCUACAGCAGCAGCAACACUGCCUGUCCAGACAACAACUCUCAAACCAAGAACAAAAGUGGUAUUGAUGCCUUGAUAACUAGUAGAGGGCGGACAGCAUAUCGAAGAUCACAUGUUGAUGUAACAGACCAUCCAGCAGAUGUGACCAUCGAAAGUGUCCACGCUUCCUGCUCACCUGUUGAAUCUGUCUCAGGGAAUAUAUCACACCACAUCAGUCACACCGCAAGUUCUAACUACUUUAAAAAAUACCAGGAUUUGGCAACUCACACUGUAGCUUCUGUUAAAGCAGAGGUCAUGGUGGCGUCCAUCAACAAUCUCAGCAAUCUUCUUCAUGGCAAAUCAGCAGCUGGCUGGAGAUAUCACUGCACAGAAAAAGGGGUCCAAAUAUUCUAUAAGAAAUAUGCCUCCCCAACCAAGCAUGGCUUUCUGGGUGUUGGUGUGAUUGAGAAACCAUUACACUGUGUGUGGUGCAUUGUGAAAGAUCACAGUAAGAGGCAGCUUUACGACAGCUCAGUGAAAACAGUGAAGAUACAUCAGCAACUGGGAAAUGGCAUUGAGCUUGUUUAUCUUGUGAAUGACACCUCUGUGUGCUACCUCAGUCAGCCUCGGGAUUUCUGCUGCAUCAGUGUGGAGGCAAAAGAGGAUCAGCAGUACAUUCUUGCAAUGCAAUCAAUAUAUGAGGAAUCAAUGCCUCGGCCUGUGAAGGAUUUGGUACGAGGGGAAAUGAUGCCGAGUGGUUGGAUUUUGCAGCCUGACACACAGAAUGGAAAGGAAAUAACUAGACUUAUCUACUUGACUCAGGUUGACCUUGGUGCUCCUGCUCUCCCUGCCAGACUGUUGGGGUCAGUUGCUAAGCGACAGCCUUUGUGCAUUGCCAACCUAGCCAGUUUGUUCUCCUGUUGAUUUAUUGUUGUGUAAAGACUGCAUCGGUGCAGCCUCCUCCCUGCUGCAUUACUAAUCUAAUCAGAUUUGGCAUUCAACAACUUGUUACCUGUCUAACUUAAAAUCAGUAAUAUUGAAGGUUGUGUUUAAUAUAUAUAGUUUUGUACAGAUUUUUGUAUUUUAAACAAUGUUACUGCAGUUGCUAGGUCAAUCCUUGUGAAAGCUCAAGACAAUCCUUCCUUCGGGACAAAACACUCAGUGGCUGUUCUGGGUUUUCUAUUAAAUGUACAGUUAAGAUUUUUAUUUUUGUAUGCAAAAUUCCAAUUGUACUUAUUUAUAUAUGUUAUUUUAUACAAUCAAUUCUGAAAUAUAAUUGUCAGAUUCCAUGGAAUUAAGUAAUUUGGAUGGUCAUUAAAUGCUUUGA